GUGGGUUGACCUCAUUCCAAACAACAUGGCGAAGAGCAUCAGGUCUAAGAUCAAGAAGUACUGGCGCCGCGAGCUCCGUGCGACGAUCGGAAAGGCUGAUCAGGAGAAAAAGGAAGCCAAGGUCCAAGCUGAGCUGAAGAAGGCUAUCGAGUCUCAGCAGGGCAGUUCGUUUGCAAGUCUCAAGAACGCGUUCGGUAGCUCGAAGCCUGCGAUGGUGACGCCAGUGGUGGAUGAUACGCUGGACGGUGUGAUCGCGAAAGGGGCUGUUGGAUCCAUCUUGUUAAGCAAAGAUAUCAAGCAGACGAACCGCAAGGACCAUGCUAUUCUGGCCAAGAAGAAGAAGGGGGCGGGCAAACCUGCUAAGAAGUCGUUCGUACAUUUCCACACCCUGCGCAAGAAGGGCGUGUAGACUGAAGUAAAGACAUAUCUAUUUUAAACAGAACGAUCUUCAUCUCCACCACA